AUAACAGCUGUUUAGAGGCCACCUUUAGAAAUCUUAAAGGGACAAGGCAGCUCAAAUAUCUGAAAAAACACCCUUACAUAAAAGAUCUAGAAUAUAUUUUAUACAUUUGGUAGCAAUAAUCAGCUUCUAAUGAAGGAUGUGUUUAUGUAAGAUUAAAUGGAUCUUUCCCCCUCAUGUGUGGGCCAGUAUUGAACUACUGGAGUUACUAGGAGUGGUGAAUGAAAAUGGCAGCACAUCAAAACUUGUUCCUCCCGGGUUAACCCCACUAUCAUGUGACUUCGUCCUGGUCGGCAAAAGAGUCCACAGCCUGAAACAAGGCGACUACAUACAUGAACUGAAGAAAAAGAAAUUCAGAGUGAAGGAAAUUGAAGAUGACAACCUUAUUUUCUAUGGACUACAAGCUCCUAAUGAAAUAUUUUACAAGUACAGGCAUCUCAGUAAUGACCCUAACCGGGACUCAAGCAUGUAUGUGGUGCCUCUCAGAAUAAGGUUAAUGAUAGUCCACUUCAUCUUAAAUCACACCAAAACUGAAUCAGGAGAAAGUCUCCGGAGUCUUUUAAACAGCAACAUUUUUGAUGCAAAGUUCUGCUUACAUGAGAAAAAGAGACAGAAACAGCUGAAGGAGUCCUGGGCACGAUGGACUGCCUGUCUCAAAGGCCAGCCCAUAACUGAUAUCAGGGACUACUUUGGAGAGAAGGUGGCCUUGUAUUUCCUGUGGCUGGGCUGGUACACGUAUCUCCUGGUGCCGCCCGCGGUCAUUGGAGUCAUCGUCUUUCUGUACGGUCUCAGUUUUUUCAACUCUUCACCCCUGCUAAAAGAGGUUUGCAAUUCAGAAAUAGUCAUGUGUCCGCUUUGUGACACGGGUUGCAAAGUGUGGAAGCUCUCUGACACGUGCAAUUAUGCAAAGCUAACCCUGCUGUUCGACAAUGAGGGCACGGUGUUCUUUGCCAUGGUCAUGGCAAUAUGGACCACACUCUUUUUGGAGUUCUGGAAGAGAAACCGAGCCUCCUAUAUGUGCGAAUGGAAAGUGUCUGACUGGAACGAGGAUGAGGAGGAGCUGAUUCUUGAGAUCAUCAAUGAUCCUGAGUGUGAAAGAAAACAGUUUCAGCACUCGUACUCACACAGCUUCCUGAUUUUAGUCUGCGUUGCUGUUAUGAUCCUGGUGAUAAUCGGCUUGACCACGGCACUGGUGGUGAUCAGGGUGAUGGUUGCAAGCAUCUUGGCCCAGGAACAUUGGGAGUUUAUGAGCCAUCACUCAAACAUCGGUGCAAUGAUGCUCGGUGCUUUCCUCCAUUACAUCAUCAUAACUGUCAUGACAAAGGUCAACAGGAUCGUAGCCAUGAAGCUCUCCGACAAAGAGAGAACAAGGUCCUUUUCUGCAAGAGAGAAUAGCUUCACAGUCAAGAUGUUCACCUUCCAGUUUUUCACCUAUUUCACUUCCCUUUUCUAUGUUGCAUUUUUCCUUGGCAGAGUAAAUGGCCAUCCUGGAGAAUAUGUCCGGCUUGCAGGAGCAUGGAGGCUUGAAGAAUGUCACCCUAGUGGAUGCCUGACUGACCUGUUCAUCCAAAUGACCUUUAUUAUGGUGCUGAAGCAAAUCAUCGGCAACGUGUUUGAGUUCGCUGGCCCCUGGUUGUGCAGGAUUUUGAAGAAGAAAAAAGUCCCCAAGUUGCAGAGGAAAUGCCAAGCCUGCUACCUUAAAGAUGAUUCAGAUGUGGGAAAAAGCAAUGAAAUGUGCGACUACUGCAAACAUCGUGAUUGGGUGAAGAACCAUCAGCUCAGCGAAGUGGAUUCUUUCAGCCUGUUCAAUGAGUUUUUGGAGAUGGUGAUCCAGUUCAGCUUCACCACCAUAUUUGUGGCAGCAUUUCCCCUUGCUCCUCUGCUGGCUCUUUUCAACAAUGUCAUUGAAAUCCGUUUGGAUGCCAUUAAGAUGGUGACUCUGGAGCGCAGGAUGGUUCCCAAGAAAACCAACGACAUCGGCGUCUGGAUCAAUAUAUUGGAGGUUAUCGGUGUCUUAGCCGUCAUUGCAAACGGGCUGGUGAUUGGCAUUUCCUCCGACUUCAUCCCUCGACUUGUGUACCAGUACUAUUACGGCCCGUGUGCAACUGGCAAUGGAACUGACACAGAUUGCAUGGCUGGUUACAUCAACAACAGUCUCUCCAUUGCUUCUCUGGGUGACGGCAAAGCUAAGAUUUCUCCAAGUCAGAUGGUGACUUCCACGGGCAUAAAUGUCACUUCCUGCAGCUACAAAGAUUACAGGGACAGCGAUUACAAUCGUACUCCUCAGUUCUGGCUCAUUUUAGCCGUGCGCUUUGCCUUCGUCAUCCUUUUUGAGCAUGUUUUACUCAUAUGCAGGUUCAUUGCUGCACGGUUUAUACCAAGUGCUCCCAUGGAGGUGAAAAACGCCAAACUCUCAAAUGAAUUUGUCAGAUUAAAAGAAAAACUGAAGUCUUUUGAGGAGCAUCCAAAAGUGGCACACAGUUUACCCUGAAAAUACUGCGCUUUUGUGAUUUUACACCAUCUCAGCUUUAAGCCCACUUUGAAGAAUUCAAAUGGACAAUUUUUCUUUUUUUUUAACUGUCAUAUGUGAACAGCUGGCUGUGUGGAUUUAUAUAAAGAAAAUGCUGACGACAGAACUUUAUUUCUUAUUCAAAUGUGUGUACAGACUGACUUUAUUGAUCAUUCCCUGAGAGUUUCUUCUUAGCAGAUAAAGCAUUGUAGUUGGUUCCAUCUGUGUGAGCCAUGAUAAAGUGUUUUAUUGAAAGUCUAAAGGUAAUUUAUACUGACUGCUGAUUGACUUAAAAUGCUGUAAAGACAAAGUGAUGUGAUGCCUGAUGCUGUGUUUCACUGGCAAUCUUGUAUUUUAUUUUAGUGAAUAAAUUAAGUUCCUGUGAAUAAAAAGUUUUUUAGAAUGAGUA